AUGGAGACCCAGGAUGAUAGCAUCGACUUUGCAAAGUUGCAACGCGACGCGUUGGAGCUAGAGCAUGAUCCAUCUCAGCCGUACCUUUCAAGAUCUGCAAAAACUGUGAAUGAGCCGAAGCACACUCUUUGUUACACAUACCACAAAGUCAACGGUGCUUCCAAUGGUGACGGAGUGUGCACCGGCCAACACCUACCUCCGAAAACGCCAUCAAACCCCGCGAGCCUCGUGCACCAACACCAACACUCUCCGUCUCGACCUCGGCAGCAUGAACGACGCCCAAUGAUGUCCAACAAAAGUGGCAAUGAAGCGGGUAUUGUACCCGGAUCACAAUUCGGCAAUAUGAGCUCCGCAGAGGCUGCUCCUGGGGAUACCCAGGUCGUUUCGCAGUCAGUGUACGAUAGUAUUAUCAGGCAAAACGGAGAGUCCAUGCAACAAGACUAUUCACAAACAGGGGCCGAUGGAGCGACAUUGAGAACAUUGUAUGAGGGCGACAGCGGCCAUAUCGAUCUCAUUUCUGAAUUCGACGCUGCGCACCAUGGAACGAACCUCUCCCAAGAUGACGAUGAUAACGACGAUGAGAGCAACUUCGAUCCGAACGAGUCUUCUCCAAUGGCCUAUGCACCUGAUCUCUUCCCCGAAUCGCAACGAUUCCUAGCAGAAACACCCGGCGCGGUGGUGAAAAAAAAUGAUGGAAAGGGUGGGACAAACGAGACCCCAAGCAUCUCGCGAAAUCCGCUGGCUAGUGGCAUCGAGUCAAGUGGCGGUCUCCUUGGUCUGAGCCAGGUUUUCGGGGCUACCCAGGCCCCCUCAUCUCCCAUUGUCCACGGCCUACAGACGGAGCUUGUAUCGGAUCGUCCGUCGCCCAAUAUUCCGAUUCAACCCGCUUGCGUUGUUAAUGGUAUCUCGUCUCCGUUGACGGGCUUCCCCGUCCAGUUCAUGAGAGAAUCAUCCGAACCGAACAUGAACUAUAUAUCGAUGAAGGAAUCACAGACAAAGCGUGACAGGACUUUGGGGGAGAGGUUGACUCGGUCGGCCGAUAAUAUCCAGUCGGAUCCGAGUGACAAGGAGUUCUAUAAAGAGUCCAGCUUUAUAGAACGUGCACGACGACAGCGAGAAAUCGACGAGGAAGCUGCGGCUCAGUUUGCCGGGCUGAGUGCUCCUGCCAGAUCUACGUCGAAUCUCUCCGCCAGACCACAGACUUCCCCCGAGCAGCCAGAUGAACAAGAAUACCAUGAAACGAUAGAAGCUGUUGCCAGCGAGGAAGAAACAGAACAAGAGGAAGAUAUGCAAGUACUCCGGUCACAAGAGCUUCCUCAAUCUUCAGCCGAAGAAGACAAAGAGAACUACGACGGACCUCCUCUAGAUCCUGCUGCCACCGCCCCCGCUGCUGCCAGUGCCCACAACCGACUAUCUCAGGUACUAGGGUUUGAGUCGAUUCCCUCCCCAUCUCGCCUGAGAGUAGACGAGGAACUGGAGGAUGCGGUGGCUCAUGGAGGCUCAUUCGGCUCCCACAAUGGUGGUCAGCCGAACGGUGCCAUGCGUUCUUCCCAGGCCAUGGUAAAAGAUUCUCAGCCAUCACCCCAAUCAUCACAAAAACGCGUAGAAGCCGACAACUCUGUGAACAGUAUUCAUCGGUCGCCUUCGCGUUCUCAUGUGAAUUCUCCCGCACAAGACCAUCUUCAGUCCUCCUCUCCUUGCUCACGACCACAAUCAAGACAUUCGAACAACAAUACCCAGAGAAAUGGCUCUGUAUCAAAUGAACCUGCCAUUCAACCCAUUCAAAAUGCAUCCCUUAGCGAGAACGUACCAACACAUUCCAGCAACCCCUCGGAGCAGCAACAUGUAAGCUCAUCGCUUUCCAGAGUGGAAGCGGGAACUGCGGGCAACUCAUCGAUGCCAUCCCGCGUGGCCGAGACACCAAUGAAUCAACGUCUUAAGCAUCUCGGUGAUAUGGCUCGAUUGACGAGUAUCCCAGAAACAAGUCCCAGUCAUUCCCAAUGCAAUUCCGAGGAGGGGUCCCAUGGCGAUGGACUGAACGAAGACGACGAUCUUCCACCCAUGUUCAAGGAAGUCCCCAGUAUUCGAAAGCAUCAUAUCCGCCCAGCUGGGACAAGGGCACUCUCUUCGCCUCUAAAAAAGUUGUUGUCCAGUCCGGGUGGAGGCCAACGCAGGGCUUUGACUGAAAUUGCGGCAGAUCUUUCCCCGCAAGUUGGGGCAGGAGGAUUUGAUAUGGGAAUUGGGAUCUUCACCACUGAGGAUCAAGAGUUCAGAGCGUUGAUUGACGGAUCGCCGACUCGACCGAAGAAGAAGCGGCGCGGCAAUGAUGGCUCGAGUUAUAUUGCCUCCGACCCUAUCAUACCUCUCACCCCUCGCACACAACCCCCAAAAUCCGUUGCACCUAUUCGAGCGACACAAGAACGGCCAGCUCCUAUUCUGGAAGAUUCAGAUGAUGUGCCUUUGGUGCAACUCCCCGAAAACACUGUGCGAAGGCAAUCAAAGCUCCCGCGACGGGCCUCCGAGAAUGUUUGGGAAAUCGAAGGUUCGCCUGAGCAGCCCUUCCGCAGGAGACCAAGAAUUAGCAAGGCGGCUACAUUGAUGUCUACGCAAAAGAAGCAUGUUCCGGAAAAGAGCUCCGGACUUAUUGCGAGAUCACCACCCUCACCAAAGGUUGUUGUUCAUAGUCGACCACCACCAUCAUCGGAACUCGCUGAAGUUUCAUCAACAAUUGUCUCAGAUGAUAUCAUUGAUUCAGAGGCGAACAGUGUCGAUGACUCCCCUACUACACCUCGACCAUCUCACAUUUUAUCGGAGAAUAUUGUGGUUGCUCCAAGUCAAGUCCUUUCUGUCUGGAUGGGCCAGAAACGUGCAUACUACCCAGCGACAUGCUUCGGAACACCACUGGGCGUAUCGCAGGUUAAAUACUCUGUGAAAUUUGAGGAUAGUCUUCCUGUCGAAGUGCCAAAGGGUGCCGUUAAGCGAUUUGAGCUUCGUGUCGGAGACUCCGUUAAAAUCGAGAUGGAGAAUGUUCCAAAAGUCACUCAUAUCGUCCGCGGAUUCGGUGACAAACUCACUAGAGAAGAGCUGACCAAAGCCGCUGACGAUGGCCUUUAUCCUAUAACCGACAUUUACGGUCAUACUACUAUCAUAGUCGGUCCUAAGCAACGCAAAAGUUUGCCAAAUGGAGGGAUGGGUAACAGUGAGAAUGUGAUCAAAGUGCCUAUUGCUCGUGUCUAUCUUGAUACUAUCCUGUGGAAUCAACUCAAAGAUCGGGUGUUCACAUAUCGCCCGGCGCCUGUCCAACAAGAGAGCAUGGUCCAUACCCCAUCCGAAAGGUCAUCUGCACCUGCUUCCCCCAGUUCUCGCCUGUCCCGCAGCAUUCAUCAAGGCAGCGGGAUCUUCGCUGGGAUGGUAUUUGCCGUCUCUUACAAGGAGGAUGAAGUUUCUAAAAACCGUGUGACUAGGCUGAUCAUCGAGAAUGGCGGCACUGUAUUACAUGAUGGAUUUACUGAAUUGUUCGAGCCUUCGUCAAUUAUUCCUAUUGGUACCCCCACUAAAGGUGGAGCCAAAGAUGCAGACCUCAAUAACAAGGGUCUCCGUCUUACAUCUCUCGCCGAGGACGUUGGCUUUGCCUGUUUAAUUGCCGAUACCCAUUCUCGACGGGAAAAAUACAUGCAAGCACUAGCAUUGAACCUCCCAUGUCUGGCCGGGCGUUGGGUAGAGGACUGUAUCUCCCAAGGUUGCGUCCUCGACUGGGAUAUCUAUCUCCUCCCAGCCGGCGACUCAAUGUACCUCAACGGAGUGACAAAAUCUAGAGUCAUGGCUCCCAACCCUCCAUCUACAGCUCGUCUCGCCAACACCAUCUCCGCACGAACAAAGCUGCUCGCAGGGCAAUCAGUGCUCCUUGUCAUGGGCCGUGGAAAGGUAGAGGAAAAGAGGAAAGCCUACAUUUUCCUGACUUACGCCCUAGGGGCUUCCCGCGUCGAGCGCGUCCCUGAUCUCGGCACGGCCAGGGCAUUGAUAGACUCACAGUCUGAUGCCGGUGUGUCGACUACCUGGGACUGGAUCUAUGUUGAUGAUGCAGACCAAGCUGCUGCAAAGUCGAUGUUGACGCCUAAACCGAAGACGCAGAGAAUUCAUUUGUUCCACGGGAAGAAGCGUAGGAAGUCGAUUGCAUCGUCCACUCCUACACCCCCGAAUGAGCUGAAAUGUACUGCAAGGGUUGUCGGUAACGAGUUUGUUUGCCAAAGUUUGAUUUUAGGUCGGUUGUUUGAGGAGUAA